CCUCGGUAUACCCCUCUCUCCCGCGUUCUUCAUUCCUAGGUCAGACGGACGCGCAUCCCCGCAAGCACGUUCCCGUGCUCUCGCAGCUCGCUUCUCCAGAGGCGACUAGGGUUUGAAGGCUACCGAGAGGGUGCUACUGGGCCAACUCCUCCGACCGCCCGCAGGCGAAGGAGCUCUCCGCCUUCCCGCCCUCGUGUCAUCCUUCCCAUCGCGACCCGCGAGGCCACGAGCCCACGAGCUCCAGCUCUUGUUAUUCGGAAGGGUUCUGGAUUUGGGAGCCAAGCGACUGGCGCAGCGGCAGAGCCCGGCGGACACGCUCCCCCCUGUCGCCCAUUCUCUUCCUCCCCGAGCGGCACCCCCGCGUGUUGCCGCUUGUAGCAUCGGGGAGGAGAAGCCAAUUGAAUUGUACCAUUUCGGUAGCCCCUGAUGGGAGUUCUUUGAUCUGAAAAAAUACAGAGGAAGGACAUGAGGGAUCCAUUUGAUGCACCGGUUGAUCUCAUUAAUGUGGACCAUAAUGGUGGCUAUCAACUAUCCAGGACUGGUGCGGUUUCUGCUGGGGACCAUGGUUUACAAAAUGGUGGACCCAAAUCCCUUGCUCCAAACUCCGACACUGUAGUCAGGCAUCAACUCCAGGGUGCAUCCUUGCACAAAGACUUAGCUCUUGAAGAUCCUAAUACUCGUAUCAUGGAUCCCGAGACCAAGGAACUUUACUUUAGAUCACAAUCACAAGAGGACGAGAUCUUGUUGCUUCGCAAGAAAAUUGCUGAGGCGUCUCUCAAGGAGCUGAGUUUGCUGAGUGAAAAACACAUUCUGGAGAGGAGGCUCACAGACUUGAGGAUGGCUGUUGACGAGAAGCAGGAAGAAGCUAUAUCUGGUGCUUUGAAACAAUUGAACCAGAAGAAAACCCAUCUCGAGGACAAUAUGCGACUGGCAAAUGAACUAAAAGUUGAGGAAGAAGAGCUAUACUUUUUUACUUCUUCAUUGCUUAGCAUGCUAGCAGAAUACAACAUCCGCCCACCUCAAAUAAAUGCAUCUACCAUUACAAUUGGCACAAAGCGCUUGUACCAACAGAUGCAUUGGAAGCUCAAAUCUUUAAAUGACAAUUUAGGUGAUAUGCCUCAACCUGGAAACAUUUAUAACUCCAGUCAUCAGCAACAGCAAGUAACCCUACCAAGAAAUGAAGCUUCCCCAUCUUAUAAUAUGGUUUCAAAUAAGAAUGCUCUUCAACAAUAUGCUCAAGGUCCAAGUGACCGACAUAUUGAGCAAAUGUACCAUGGAUCCAGUUUUCAGCAGGAUACUGGAGGUACUACUCCCUCUAAUUAUUUUGAAGAAGGAAGAGUAGACGGUGGCUCACAGUUAUACCCAUCUGAUGGUGAUGCUUUACCUGGUAUUGAGGGAUUUCAAAUUGCUGGUGAACCUAGACCAGGAUGUCAAUUAACAGCAUGCGGUUUCCCUACAAAUGGUACUACCCUUUGCAAUUUCCAGUGGGUUCGCCAUCUUGAAAAUGGUAUCAAACAGUCUAUCGAAGGUGCCACGAUGUAUGACUAUGUGGUUACUGCAGAUGAUGUUGGUACUCUUCUUGCUGUAGACUGUACGCCUAUGGAUGACAACGGCCGCCAGGGUGAUUUGGUGACAGAAUUUGCUAAUAAUGGGAAUAAGAUAACAUGUGAUCCAGAGAUGCAGAGUCAUAUCGAUGCAUGUAUUUCUAAAGGGAGAGCUGAAUUUGAAGUUUUUGUCCUGCAGGCUUAUUCUCCUGAGGAAUGGGAACUGGCUACAUUGGUGCUCACACGACCUAAUUAUCAGAUUAAGUUCAAACAGACCGGUAAUGUUGUAAUUGACGAGAAGUACUCACAAAGUCUACAGACAAAAAUUCCAAAUGGGCGCACAACUCAGUUUGUUUUAAUAACUGCGGGUACAACUCUUCCAUUUAACACACAGGGAAUAUCAGAGCCAAACAAUGAGGAUUACGAUGUUAGGUUACGUGAUCUAAUCGUAUUAGUCAUGAGAACUUUUCAGAAAAAGGCUCUAGAUGCUAAAAGGAAAGGAAAGGCUUAGAAUUCAUGUAAAUCUUUUACAAAAGUAGAACCGUAGAAGAUUUUCCUAUUUCUGAUUGUUUUGUGCAGUAUUUGAUAAUUUUUGUCCUUGAGGUGGAAUGAGCUUCUCGAUAGAGCAGGAAUUUCAAGAGUUACCUGGUGGGCACAUAAAUGGUUAGAGGAACGUAGGAUCGAUUCUUAUCCUAAUUCUUUUUUCCUUCGCAUUGCUUACUCUAAGUUAAGCCAUGUCACUGCGGUCUUUGUAAAUUCUAAGCAGCCAGUGCUGCAAAUAAACCUAUGAGAUGUUCGCUGCAGCUCUUGGAUGACUUAACAUGCCCAUAUGAUUGUUGAUUUUGUUUAUCA